GGGAAAGUAUUUCUGGAAAAAAGGCUAAAUCCAGGAUUCUAACAUCACUCGGAUUAUGGGAAGAGGCAGGCUGUGAGGGGUGGGUGGAUAUUGUUUUUUAAGGCCCCCCCUCGACACAGGGGUGGGCGGAGACACCCACCUUGGAUUUAAGAGGUGCUGGUGUCAUUGAAUUUCAGGCAGACUUGGAAACUGCACCAGGGCGAGACUGCCGUGAGGAAGGAAGGAAGGAACUACAUUAAUUAAUUUGAAACGAGACAGGCUGCUGCUGCUGGAAUAAGUCCGUGUAACUGUAGGUAGAGAUAUAACUCAAUUGCAGAGCAUGGCAACCAUCAACUUGGGAAUGCUCUUCGUAUUCGUCAGGCUUGGCUGGGGUAAGUCGGAUCAUCCCCCCCUCCCAAAAUGCAAUUUUUACCCAGGAUUAAACUGGAAUUGAAUUUACAAAUACGAAAAUGUACGAUAAGGAAAGUUAUGUCAUAUGAUUAGGACUGUGACAUGGUCUUUUGAAACACUGAUAUUGGAAACUGCUACAUAUACCGUAUUUUUCGCUCUGUAAGACGCACCAGACCACAAGACGCACCUAGUUUUUGGAGGAGGAAAACAAGAAAAAAAAUAUUCUGAGUCUCAGAAGCCAGGACAGCAAGAGAGAUCGCUGCGCAGUGAAAGCAGCGAUCCCUCUUGCUGUUCUGGCUUCUGGGAUAGCUGCGCAGCCUGCAUUCGCUCCAGAAGACGCACACACAUUUCCCCUUACUUUUUAGGAGGGGAAAAGGGAGUCUUAUAGAGCAAAAAAUAUGGUAAUUCCUAAGAAAUUCAGAUGGAAGAGAUUCGAGGAAGUCAAAUACUAUGUUUAUGAAGAUGGAUUAAUUUUAAUUAAUUAAGUGGUAAUAUGCUGGAUGUAUCUUUUUUCUUUUUUCUCUUUUUCUUUGUUUUUAUUACAGUUAAUCUUUUUUUUUACUAUGUUUAUCUACUGAAAAUAAUAAAUAUUAUUUGAAGGGGGGGAAAUGUAAUUUUUUAAAAAGAGAGAAAAAUAAAUAAAUGCUAUUCCCGCCACCUUCCACGACCUUCCCCUUAUAAUACCCCAUGCAUCUGGCGUCAUUGUAAUUUAUUAUUACAAUAAUAAAAAGGAAAUUUUCCCAACCAGAAAAAAUUGCAAUGCUUUCCAUCUCGACAAAAUGCCAUUUGCAAAAGGAAAAUGUGCAUUGUUUGUUUUGUUUUCCCCCAUUAUUAUUUUUUUUAAAAAGAAGAUUUCUUGCACUACUAAACAGAUUUCGUUGGCUGCUUUCCUCCGCAUCUCACCCAAGCAAGUUGGCUCCAGGGCCUUUUAAUGGAACGAGGCUGCCCAGGGCUGUUGUAGUGGCAGUGAAAGGACAAGUCGAAAAGGCGAAAAAUCGCUGAAAGGAUGCGAAAUUCGCUUUGGGCGGGAGGGGGAGAAAUACAAAAAUCUUGGGGCGUCUUACAGAACCGAUUGCCACUAGAUGUGUGGGCCAUAAUAAUAAUAAUAAUAAUAAUAAUAUUUAUACCCCGCCCUGCCCAGCCAGAGCCGGGCUCAGGGCAGCUAACACCAGUAAAAUUACAGUAAAAACAUAAUAGGUGGGUGGGAAGGGGACCAAUUUAAAAUACAGGUUAAGAUGCAAUAUCAAAUGCAGCCUCAUUUUAAAAGUAGCGCAUUAUGGCACUGAGCCUUCAAAGUUUUGUUUUAUCCUUAUCCGCGAGCCACCUUGAGUGCAUUUGUUGGCUCCAUGUCUACGGAACACCCCGCCACAAGAUGUUAACAUGUCACCCCUUCAGAAAUGGCUUCGAAAUUGCCCUUGCAACGCCUUUUAAAUCUAAGGCACUUCUAAUUAAAAAGCUGGCUUUUUAAAAUAAAAACAUUUUUUUAAAAGUUUCAUAUUGCUGUUGAUUUUAAGGUCUUAUUCCCCAUUGCUCUUUCUUAGCUGUUUAAAUAAGUGCUGGGAUACUGCAUUUAAAAACAAAACAAAUGACAUUUUAACUUUUAGAGCAGGGGUCAGCAACCUUUUUCAGCCGUGGGCCGGCACACCGUCCCUCAGACCAUAUAUUGAGGUCCAGCACCGAGGGCCUUCUGGCUGUUCCCUCCCUGCGAGAAGUGAGGUUACAGGGAACCAAGCAGAGGGCCUUCUUGGUGGUGGCACCCACCCUAUGGAACACCCUCCCAUCAAAUGUCAAGGAAAUAAAAAACGAUCUGACUUUUAGAAGACAUCUGAAGGCAGCCCUGUUUAGGGAAGCUUUUAAUGUUUGAAGUUUUACUGUGCUUUUAAUAUUCUGUUGGGAGCUGCCCAGAGUGGCUGGAGAGGCCCGGUCAGAUAGGCAGGGUAUAAAUAGUAAUAAUAAUAAUAAUAAUAAUAACAGAGUUAGAUCCUUUGAAACAAAAUAAUAAUAAUAAAAAUAAUACACCGCCCUUCAUCGUAAGAUCUCAGGAUGGUUCCCAAAGGCAAUUUAGUCCCAUCCAUCAACUCCAAUGGGCUUACUCUGAACAGGACUACUACCCCGUGGCCCUUUCCCGUUACCAGAGGGAAGGGCUGGCAGGAAGACAGCCUUUCUUAAUCGGGCUGCCUAGCGCUGUGGGUUAAACCACAGAGCCUAGGACUUGCCGAUCAGAAGGUCGGCGGUUCAAAUCCCAGUGAGGGGGUGAGCUGCUGUUGCUCGGUCCCUGCUCCUGCCAACCUAGCUGUUCGAAAGCACGUCAAAGUGCAAGUAGAUAAAUAGGUACCGCUCCGGCGGGAAGGUAAACGGCGUUUCCGUGUGCUGCUCUGGUUCGCCAGAAGCGGCUUAGUCCUGCUGGCCACAUGACCCGGAAGCUGUACGCCAGCUCCCUCGGCCAGUAAAGCGAGAUGAGCGCUGCAACCUCAGAGUCGGUCACGACUGGACCUAAUGGUCAGGGGUCCCUUUUCCUUUACCCAGAGAGCUUGUGGCAGCAGCAGCCAGCAGGACCAAUGGUCAGAGGACGGUGGGGGCUGGAGUCCAACCACAGGGGACCCCAUCCAUGCCACCCUCAGCACCGACCUCUCUUCCCCCUCUGUGCCAUGCAGGUCUUCCCAGUUCCAUCCUGACCGUCCACCCUCAGGAGGCACUGGUGGAACUGGGAGGCUCCAUCCGGCUGACCUGCUCCACGGACUGCCCCGGCGGCAAGGUCCAGUGGGAAGGGCUGGACAUCGAGCAGGGCGAAGUCUUCUCCAACAAGACUCACAGCAUCCUGACCAUCACAAAAGCCACCGUCAGCAUGGAAGGAGCCAAGUUUUGCACAGGGCAGUGCAGGGGGACCUCCGGGCAGAAGAAGGUGGAUCUGCAGGUGUACUGUAAGUGCAAAGGUGGAGGCGAAGGGGGCGGCCGGGGGAACCUUCUGCAUGCCAAGCGCCCGCUCCACCCCUGAGGUCGCAGCUGCCUGCAGAAGGGGCCUCAUGUGGUGUCAAGGACACCUGCUUUGCAUGCAGAAGGUGUUGCAAAUCGAGGUGCAAACUGGGCUCACUCAGAAGGGUUUAAGGCAGCUGGUCUAGGAAUCUGGACAUCUCCGUCCCGUCCUUUGACAUUAGGGCCUUCUCGGUAGUGGCGCCUUCCCUGUGGAACACCCUCCCACCAGAUGUCAAAGAGAAUAACAACUACCAGGCUUUUAGAAGACAUCUGAAGGCAGCCCUGUUUCGGGAAGCUUUUAAUGUUUGAUGUAUUAUAGUAUUUUAAUAUUCUUUUGGAAGCCGCCCAGAGUGGCCGGGGAAGCCCAGCCAGAUGGGCGGGGUAUAAAUAAUAAAUUAUUAUUAUUAUUAUUAUUAGGCUGAUAGGUGUCAAUCAGAAUCUGAACCAUAGCUGCCAACCGUCCCUUAUUUGGCGGGAAACUCCCUUAUGCCAGCGCCGUGUCCCGCUGCUGUCCCUUAUUGAUGAUGUCCCUUAAAUUUCCCGGGUUUCAUGCUCGCCCGGCUCGGGAGGGAAGCAGCGGCUCGGGGUCCUCCGCCGCGCAAGAGAGAGCGUGUGCGAGUUGCCGUGUCUCCGUCUCUCCCUUUUCCGCCUCGGGGCGCGUCGUGAGGAGACGGGUGGCGGCGGGCAGGCAGGCAGCCCCUCUCUAGCGAGACUUCCACCGCGCUGCCAGGGGAAGCCGGAGGCGGUGGCGGUGGCUGAGGAGGCGGCCUGAGGGAGGAAGAGAAGGGGAUGGGGAGGGACGCAGAAGGGCGGCGCUUCAGCGGCUGCCGCGGUGCCGCAACCGCCUCAUGCCGGGCUCGCGUGCGGCAUGGGCAAGAGUCAGUCUCUCAGUCAGUCACCCUCCCUCCCUCUCUCUCGGGCAAGGAAGGGCCGGUGGAACUCCUCGCGCCAGGACAACGGCAGCCCCGACGUGCUGCUUAGCAUCCCCUCCAACCAGUGCAGCAUCUUAAUGUAGCGAUUUCCCCCUCUGCAUCCCUUUCAUAACUCUAUUUUUAUAAAUCAUUUGUGCAUCCGUAGUUCAAAUUUUUACUACAAGUUUUCUGUCAAUCCUACCAAUGUAUGCAACUCUUUAAAAUAGCUUUUCAACUAAAUUAUAAACUUUCCCCAUUCUUUAUUAAAGAGGUCGUCUUCCUGGUUUCCAAUUCUGCCUGUAAGCCUGGGAAACCCAGCCAGAUGGGUGGGGUAUAAAUAAAUUAUUAUUAUUAUUAAAAAAAAUUAUUGAUUUUCACAAAAUUAUAAACAAAUACAUGAAACAAACAUAAAUCAUAACCUUAUUAACAAUUACACUUAUAAACAUUAUUAAGUGACUUCCUCGCUUCCCCUUGGUUGAAUUUCAAUGCAAAUCCUUUUAACGGUUCUUACAAAAUUUAACUUGAACAUUAACAUCCUUAGAUCUUUCAAUUUUGAAAUUAAACAUUUUAAUUCAUCACUUAACUUAUAUAAAAUCCUAAACCAAUUAAGUACCUGCAAGCUGUUUCCAAUUGAUUUAGCUUGACAUAUUUAACUAAGUAAUCAUUACAUUUAGUUUAUUAUUAUUAUUAUUAUUAACGCCCCACGGGCUGUUUUCCAGCUUUCCCCGAUGCCUUGCAACUGGUCUCUGAGCCGAAGAUUAUGAGGACUGGGCAGCCGGCUCGUCUCGUCUGUUCCUUGACCAAGGUGUAUCCUCCGGGCUCCCUGACGCUGACCUGGUUCCGGGGAGAGGACAGGCUGGAGGCUACGAAGGUGGAAGACGAAAUGGUGGAUUUUGAUCAGCAGCUGAUGCUUUAUCGCUCCAUCCUUGAGGUCCCGGCGGCCGCAGAGGGAGCAACCUACAAGUGCGAAGCUACUCUGGAAGUCGAGACGGACAACUUCCGCCAAUCCAGGGUGGCCGUCGUGAACCCCCAAAGUAAGCUUUGACCGCGUGUGAAACCCACAUGGAGGAGACCCAAGCCUAAGAGGGGGUCUCCUCCCUGCCUUCAUGCCUACUAAGCCCCUGAUUGCUUUAAGGUAAAGGUAAAGGGACCCCUGACCAUUAGGUCCAGUCGUGGCCGACUCUGGGGUUGCGGCGCUCAUCUCGCUUUAUUGGCCGAGGGAGCCGGCGUACAGCUUCUGGGUCAUGUGGCCAGCAGGACUAAGCCACUUCUGGCGAACCAGAGCAGUGCACGGAAACGCCGUUUCCCUUCCCGCCGGAGUGGUACCUAUUUAUCUACUUGCACUUUGACGUGCUUUCGAACUGCUAGGUGGGCAGGAGCAGGGACAGAGCAACGGGAGCUCACCCCGUCAUUGCGGGGAUUCGAACCGCCGACCUUCUGAUCGGCAAGUCCUAGGCUCUGUGGUUUAACCCACAGCGCCACCCGCGUCCCUGAUUGCUUUAUCCUCCCUGAAUUUGUCCCAUCAGAUUGAGGUUGAAUCCUGACAAGACAGAAGUACUGUUUUGAGGGGACAGGGGGCGGGUGGGUGUGGGGGACUCCCUGGUCCUGAAUGGGGUAACUGUGCCCCUGAAGGACCAGGUGCGCAGCCUGGGAGUCAUUUUGGACUCACAGCUGUCCAUGGAGACGCAGGUCAAUUCUGGGUCCAGGGCAGCUGUCUACCAGCUCCAUCUGGUACGCAGGCUGAGACCCUCCCUGCCCGCAGACUGUCUCGCCAUAGUGAUGCAUGCUCUGGUUAUCUUCCGCUUGGAUUGCUGUCAUGCGCUCUAUGUGGGGCUACCUUUGAAGGUGACCCGGAAACUGCAACUAAUCCAGAAUGCGGCAGCUAGACUGGGGACUUGGAGCAGCCACCGAGACCAUAUAACACCAGUCUUGAAAGACCUACAUUGGUUCCCAGUACGUUUCCGGGCACAACUCAAAGUGUUGGGGCUGACCUUUCAAGCCCUAAAUGGCCUCAAAGGCCCAGUAGACCUGAAGGAGCGUCUCCACCCCCAUUGUCCAGCACGGACAAUGAGGUCCAGCUCCGAGGGCCUUCUGGCGGUUUCCUCCCUGCGAGAAGUGAGGUUACAGGGAACCAGGCAGAGUGCCUUCUUGGUGGUGGCACCCGCCCCGUGGAACGCCCUUCCAUCAUAUGUCAAGGAAAGAAACAACUAUCUGACUUUCAGAAGACAUCUGAAGGCAGCCCUGUUUAGGGAAGUUUUUAAUGUUUGAUGUUUGUGUUUUUAAUGUUCUGGUGGGAGCCGCCCAGAGUGGCUGGGGAGGCCCGGCCAGAUGGGCAGGGUAUAAAAAAUAUUUUAUUAUUAUUAUUAAAGUCCUCCUAGUUGAUGGACUACAAUAGAUGUUUUGGACUACAAAUCCCAUUAACCCUCACCUUUGGUCAGGGCUGGCAGGAGCCGUGGCUCAAAGCAUUGGAGGGCACUGUGUUGGGGAAAGGCUGGCGUUGACGUUAAAAAUACAGCCCUUGCUGAUAAAAAAGAACUGGCUCGGAUUAAUCAACUAAACUCUAGUUGAUUAAUCUGCCAGUGAAAAUCUUGUGAAUGCCUUUUUUAAAAAAGAUGCAAAAACUUUUGGUUCGCAGCCACACAGGUGCCCAGCACUACAGAGGAGGCCACCUUUGCUGUUGUGACGGAAACAACGAGCCGCGUGGCUACUCAGGAGUCGGCCGUCACCGAGCCGCCGGCGACCACCCAGGGCCUUCCCCUUCUCUCCACCGAACCCCUGACCACAACGUUGACCACAUCUCCCACCCCAGGACCCCUUCCGGAAGCGAGUAGCCCUUCUCCAACGAGGAAUCCUGUUGCGGCGGUGCAGACGAGCUCAGAGAAUUCUGGGACCGGGGCCAACACCGUGCAGGUCCCUGUCUUGACGUCGACGGAGACGCCAGUGACUUCGCAACCCCCUUGCUUGACAGAUGAACCACCUACCACUACGUCCGUCCCCGCCACGGCCAGCAGCCUCGCCACGCUUGCGGCUGAAAAGCCACACAGUGCCUCCACCACCACGGACCCCUCUAGAGACCCCUGCCGCCCCGUCAUCACCCCUGUCCCCACCCAAGGCAGCACAGGAGGCACCCUGCGGAUCACGUGCCUCGCGGCCGACUGCGGUGAAGACGUCCCGGUCCGGUGGGUGGAGACGCCCGUGGCUAAGUCCCGGUACCGCCAGGAAGAAGGCGAGGGCCGGUCCACCCUGGUUGUUGAGAGUGUCUCCCUGGAGCAUCAAGGGGUCUACCGGUGUGUCGCGAUAGCCAGCCAGCCCCGGAUAGCCAGUUUGACCAUCUCCAUCGUGCCUAAUGGUGAGUAGACAGGGGCUCCUUUUCCCUUCUUCAGCAGUGUCUCAAAUCUGGAGGCAGGCCUCUUCAGGUUUUCUAGGUCGUUUCAUUCUGGCCUCUGCAAAAGCCCUGCUGUCCGUCGCGGGACAACCGCCCAUCGUCACCUAGGGGGUCCUCCCCUCUUGGCCUUUUGAAUCCCUAGGGUCUCUGUGUUGUUGUUGUUUAGUCGUUUAGUCGUGUCUGCCUCUUCGUGACCCCCUGGACCAGAGCACGCCAGGCCCUCCUGUCUUCCACUGCCUCCCGCAGUUUGGUCAAACUCAUGCUGGUAGCUUCGAGAACACUGUCCCACCAUCUCGUCCUCCGUCGUCCCCUUCUCCUUGUGCCCUCCAUCUUUCCCAACAUCAGGGUCUUUACCAGGGAGUCUUCUCUUCUCAUGAGGUGGCCAAAGUCUUGGAACCUCAGCUUCAGGAUCUGUCCUUCCAGUGAGCACUCAGGGCUGAUUUCCUUCAGAAUGGAGAGGUUUGAUCUUCUUGCAGUCCAUGGGACUCUCCAGAGUCUCCUCCAGCACCAGAAUUCAAAAGCAUCCAUUCUUCGGCGAUCAGCCCUCUUGAUGGUCCAGCUCUCACUUCCAUACAUCACUACUGGGGAAACCAUAGCUUUAACUAUACGGACCUUUGUCGGCAAGGUGAUGUCUCUGCUUUAGGGUCUCUGUACCGGCGCUGCUUUUUAUUCCACCGGCUGAGUCAUGUAAAAACACCAGGCAGGCCCCACAAAUAACCCACUCACAGCUAGCUGGACCAAUGUUCUGACUUGGUAUAAGGUGACUUCCUAUGUUCCAGAGCAGGGGUCAGCAAACUUUUUCAGCAGGCGGUCGGUCCACUGUCCCUCAGAACUUGUGGGGGGCCGGACUAUAUUUUUUUGGGGGGGAAUGAGCAAAUUCCUAUGCCCCACAAAUAACCCAGAGAUGCAUUUUAAAGGACACAUUCUACUCAUGUAAAAACAUGCUGAUUCCUGCACCAUCCGCAGGCCGGAUUGAGAAGGCGAUUGGGCCGGAUCCGGCCCACGGACCUUAGUUUGCCUACCCCUGAGUUAGACCAUCCCUUGUGGGAGAUGUGUGGCAGACUUUCUGGCAUAGAUUGCUACAGUGGUACCUCGGGUUACAUACACUUCAGGUUACAUACGCUUCAGGUUACAGACUCCACUAACCCAGAAAUAGUGCUUCAAGUUAAGAACUUUGCUUCAGGAUAAGAACAGAAAUCGUGCUCCGGCGGUGCGGCAGCAGCAGGAGGCCCCAUUAGCUAAAGUAGUGCUUCAGGUUAAGAACAGUUUCAGGUUAAGAACAGACCUCCGGAACGAAUUAAGUACUUAACCCGAGGUACCACUGUAUUUCUAAAGUGGAGGGGGGUGUUGGGGGGAGUUAUUGCCUCAGUACCAGGUUCCCCAUAGAUUGCGCCAGGCUUCUUGCGGUUACGGGAACCGCGGAAUUGUACCGCUCACGCUGUCUCCCUUUCUGUGUCUCUCUCCAGCUAUGUUCAGCACAGAAACCGCCGUCGCCAUCGGAAGCACCGGCUCGCUCCUAGGGGUUGUCAUCACUGGUUACGUGGCCCGUCGCUUGUGGCGGCGGCGCGGCUAGGAUCCGGCGGCUCCACCGACACCCGCCUGUUCCGCCGCUGUUCUCUCUGCAGCAGUUACCGUGUUUCCCCCCUGAAUUUUUCUGGGGCCUCUCCCGCCAGCUGCUGCUACUAGAGGGGACCCGCAGGACGACUCAAGAGGUUUCUUUCCUCGCUUCCUGGAGUCACAGAGAAGAGGCAAGUCCAGCAGAGGCACCCUACUGCCCCGGUGGAGGGCGGUUGACUCUCCCCACCCACCAAUCCAUAGCUGUCAACUUACAGAUUUGAAAAUAAGGGACCAGCAGCCUCGAAAAUAAGGGAUUUUCAAAGCACAGGUACGUUCAACUUCUGAGCCCCUCCGAGCCAAAGGCAGAAAGCCCAGCCAGCAGCCAAACGAAGCCUCAAGCGGUGGUUCCCACAGCGCAGUAACCCGGCAAAGGGGAUGCAGCAAGGAAAACCACCGUCACCUCUCCGCUGGGAAGCGCUGAGCAAAGGCGAGUCCCCAGGCAACGCGGCCGAUUUGAUCGGCACAAGGCAUGCAAGCUCCACCCCCCAGUCGUUCUUAGACUCCUUAUUGGGUGAGCAACGCAGCCAAGCAACCCAGUUGGAGCCUCCCUCCUCCCUGGCCGGCAGGGAGGGAGGGAGAGGAGCUGCUUCCUUUGAAACCCGGGAACUUUAAGAGACAUCAUCAAUAAGGGACAGCAGCGGGACACAGCGCUGGGAUAAGGGACUUUCCCGCCAAAUAAGGGACGGUUGACAGCUAUGCACCAAUCGACAGGAACAACUUCUGCCAAGACUGAAACCAUACGCUGGAAUCCUAAGAGGUUUAGAAGGUCAUCCGAGUCUAGCUGUCCAGUCAAACGCCGGUCCCUCCUUGACAUUUUUUGAGGCCGCAACCCUAAGCACAGGUUGCUUCUGACCUCACUUGAAAUUCAGUGAGUUUUGAGUUGGCCUUUUUUAGGGUCAGGGCAGCGGGCAGGAGGCAAACAGAUGCCCCAGAGUUUUGAACACGAAGCGAGACUGGAUAGAAACUAUCCCUAGAGGUGUGGGCCCAACAUCUCCUCCAUUUCUCCCUCUUUCCCAAUUCUUGGACUCGAGACGUCAAUAGCUGGGUUUGCUGGCUGGCCAACAGACCCCCAAGCACAAAUCAAAUCAGGUAUUUCUUCGUGGACUUUUAAUUCUCAGGGACGCAGGUGGCGCUGUGGGUUAAACCACAGAGCCUAGGACUUGCUGAUCAGAAGUUCGGCGGUUCAAAUCCCCGCAAUGACGGGUUGAGCUCCCGUUGCUCGGUCCCUGCUCCUGCCAACCUAGCAGUUCGAAAGCACGUCAAAGUGCAAGUAGAUAAAUAGGUACCACUCUGGCGGGAAGGUAAACGGCGUUUCCGUGCACUGCUCUGGUUCGCCAGAAGCGGCUUAGUCCUGCUGGCCACAUGACCUGGAAGCUGUACGCCGGCUCCCUCGGCCAAUAAAGCGAGAUGAGCGCCACAACCCCAGAGUCGGACAAGAGUGGACCUAAUGGUCAGGGGUCCCUUUACCUUUUUUUAAUUGUGGCGAUGACUACAGCCUUAGGCAGUCAAGCAUCACAGAAUCGUAGAGUUGGGACAUCUGUGACACGGGAAUCUUUUGCUCAAUGCGGGACUCGAAUCCACAACCCUGUGAUUAAGAGUUUCCUUCUCUACUGACUGAGUUAUCCCCCAAGGCUCUUCUGGUCUUUUUUAUGGAGGGCAGAUGUGUCAAUUUGCUAGUGAUGGAACCUCCACAGUCAGGGGAAGUCUCUCUGGGCUUAAAACAGCAGAGGAAGGGGACAUCGCCUGUGGAGAGGGCGGGCGCCAGGCAAAUCAUUGCUCCCAUCAAGUGAGUUCAUCCAGAAAUGCCUUUGUCAACCGCAGCCACAUCCUAAACGGAUUGCUUUGUAUAUAAGCCCUAUCUAUUGUACAUACAAUUGUUGUUUUCUGUACAGAUUACCACUGCUGUAAUUAAACGGGGUUCUUUUCCACAUCACGUCUGCUUUGUGUGAUCUUAACGAACCUUAAGCCUAAAGCAGCCCCAUCUAUCGUGGGAAGACGGGAUUCCUCAACUGCUUAAGAGGACAGCUUCUUCUAUUUCAGCGGUUCUCAACCUG